AGAUUAAUUACUCAUACUUAUGGCUAAGGCGGCAACUAGAGUUUGCACAUAUGCUAUAUGUCAUCGGUUACUCGCUGGUGUCCUGUUGGGAUAGGAAAUGAAGCAAAGCCAGACUCAGGCAUUCGCUAUAUCCACAAGCAGGCAUCAACGGUAACUAAACUCAAGUCAACAACGUCAACGCUUCCUCAGAACAGUGGAAAAUUUCAGGAACAAGAAGCGACGAGAAAUGUUUAUGCCAAUAUGGACGAAUUACCGGAGGAAGAGGAAGGUAGGAAGACGCUCAAGGAUUUCUUUGAGGCCUGCAAAGAGUUUAUCGGAUCAGACGGCAGUCCGCCUCGCUGGUUCUCUCCUUUGGAGUGCGGCUGCAGGGCACCGGAUUCUCCCCUGCUUCUCUUGUCUAACCCAGCUACAUCCUUUGGCAAGUCAGAACUGAAACCUCUUCUACCUUUACUACAAAGCAGUCCAGAUGAAUUCUUUCUUUUGGCAAGAAAUUCCAUGUUAACCUUAACCACAGGUGACCAUUUGAGGAUGUUGAUGGAUAAUGUAGUGAAGGGCAUUCCUCUGGGACAAUCUGUUGUUGGAAAGCUGUCACAGGAUAUUGUUGCUGCAUCAUCUAACCCCUCUGUUCUGGUUGAAAUCUUACCCAAGGAAUUGCUCGAAUGGAAGCUACAAAUGCUGAAAUCUGCUUCUGCAUAUUCCAACUCUCAUCUCCAUGCCACAAAAGCUGAAGUGCUAUUACUUUGCAGGUAACUUGUUGAUUUCACUUUCAGUUUUGAAGAGCUAUUGAUCAAUAUUAA